AUGAUAGAGGCUUACGACGGGGUCACGGAUCCACUUGACCAUCUGCGGACCUUUGUUGAUCUGAUGAGACCCUAUGCAGCACCCGAUGCGAUAAUGUGUCGAUCUUUUCCCCCGACUCUCAAGAGGGAAGCUAAAGACUCGGUGGUAACACUUGUCCCCCGAUCUUUCCGAACAUUUGAUGAACUUUCCAGGAGUUUUGUAGCCUAUUUCCUGUGUAGGAAGAGAAAGAGGAGGACAGCCAUUGGACUGAUGCAGGUGGUCCGGGAGAAAGAUGAGUCUCUGCAGGAAUAUCUGGCUAGAUUUAGCUGUGCGACCCUUGGAAUAGAGGACCUUCAGAUGUCGGCAGUGAAAAAGGGAGAUAAGUAUGUUGAUGCUGAGGAGGCGGAGAAGGUCACAAAGAACCUCAGAGAAAGAUGGGAAGUAGAAAGUCACAAGCGCAAGGCGAGGGACGAGCUAAGACCUACCAACAAAAAUAGGCCAAGGAGUGAGCAGAUGGUGAAAGAGGCCGCCCAAGAUUGGCCAGCCAGGCACAAACGAGAGGAAUCCAGGGCGUUCACCCCUUUGAACACCCCCCAUGCCAAACUAUUGAUGGAAAUACGAGACAUGAAAGAGCUAGAAUGGCCGAGACCCAUGGUAAAGCCAGCGGGCAAAAGAAAUCAGGGUAGAUAUUGUCAUUUCCACAAGGAUCACGGGCAUGAUACUGAAGAGUGCAUGCAACUGAAGGAGGAGAUCGAGCGCCUCCUAAGGCGGGGUCUCUUGAGCAAGUAUGUGAAGGAUAAUCGAGGGAAGCAAAAGAUGGAGAAUUGUCCCCCACAUAGGGUCGGAGUGAUAAACAUGAUUACAGGAGGGUUAGCAGGAGGGGGAGAUUCAAACUCGGCAAGGAAAACCUACGCGCGCUCUCUCGGGAUCUGCUCCAUCCAAAAGAAGGCAAGGUUCAGCCAAAGCACUUUUGGCGAGGAAGACUUGGUAGGCAUGGCGCACCCCCAUGAUGAUGCCCUAGUAAUAGUAGGCAACAUAGCUAAUUUUAACGUCAAAAGAGCAUUUGUCGACGGGGGAAGUGCUGCAAAUAGCCACGGUGAUUCCAGAAGGUACUGUGGAGCUCCCAGUCACGCUGGGCACAUAUCCGACCACUGUGGUAAUUGUGGCAAGCUUUUUGGUCGUUAA